GCCCUGUCCUAAUUAAUUACUUAUUUUGAAAAAGAAAAUUAAAUUUUCUGUGAUUUUUCUCGUCCUUUCUUUUCUUUUCCCUCGUCAAGGAGGGAAGGAGGAACUUUGAUUGUCUUUACAGGAGUGCCGUUCAUGGGGUCAGAUACCUUGAAAGUUCCCGCUGAACUUGAAUCAGCUUUGCGGCUGAAGACCUUGCAGUACUUUGUAACACGGAGGCCGUGGCUUGAUCUUUACGGAAUUAAUGUUAGGCCUGUUGCACCUUUUGGAAGUUUAAGCAGAACACCUUAUUUUGAUCCAGCACUGAUACACAGGUCCUUGCCUGAUGAGCUUCUUUUUGAGGUCUUUGCACGAAUGACCCCAUAUGAUUUAGGAACUGCAUCGUGUGUCUGUCGGAAAUGGAGGUAUACAAUUCGUAACCCUGUGUUUUGGCGCAAUGCAUGCCUAAAAGCUUGGCAGCUCUCUGGGGCGGUGGAAAACUAUAAGAUGUUGCAGUCAAAAUAUGAUGGUUCGUGGAGGAAAAUGUGGCUUUUAAGACCAAGAAUUCGUACUGAUGGUAAAAUAUCUGAUUUCCUAGUUUCCUUUCAAUUUGAGCACAAUCUGUGUCUGUGUGUCUGCAUAAGUGUGAUUCCUUACUAGAGCUUGCUAGCAGAC